AUGGAGAUUGACAGCAAACAGUUCCGGGAGUUCGGAAAGGCGGCUAUCGAUAUAUUGGCAGACUACUUUGAAAAUAUCCGAGAAAGAGAUGUUCUGCCGUCUGUAGAACCAGGACAACUAAUUAAUGAAAUGCCGGAUGAGGCUCCAGAACAACCCGAGGACUGGAGGAUUAUCUUAAAGGAAUUCAAUGAAAUGAUUUUACCAAACACGACUCAUUGGCACUCUCCUCAAUUUCAUGCUUAUUACCCCACUGGAAACUCAUAUGCCAGCAUAAUUGGAAACUUGUUGAGUGAUGGUAUUGGAAUUGUUGGCUUUACAUGGAUUGCAAGCCCGGUGUGUACUGAAUUAGAAGUGGUAACUAUGAAUUGGCUAGGCAAGUUGCUUGGCUUACCAAAAGAAUUUCUCAAUUGUUCAUCUGGCCCUGGUGGUGGGAUUAUUCAGGGCUCCGCGAGUGAAGCUACGCUUGUAGGCCUUCUGGCUGCUAAAGAUAGAAUGAUCAGAAAACUUAUAAAAGAUGAUCCGAACCUCGACCCCGACGACUUACGAAAUAAAUUCGUAGCGUACACAUCUGAUCAGUGCAACUCAUCUGUUGAAAAGGCUGGCGUUCUUGGUUCCAUGAGAAUGCGCUUAUUAAAAUCAGAUUCCUUUGCAAAGUUACGUGGGGAAACACUUAAGAAAGCAUUUGAAGAGGAUAUUUCUAAAGGGCUGAUACCGUGUUAUGUAGUGGCUAAUCUAGGAACCACUGGAACUUGUGCUUUUGAUCCUCUUUAUGAACUUGGUCCAGUAUGUAAGAAGUAUAAUGUGUGGCUACACGUUGACGCCGCGUAUGCCGGAAGUGCUUUUAUUUGUCCUGAAUACAGAGGCUGGUUGAAAGGCAUAGAAUACGUAGACUCAUUUGACGUAAACGCGCAUAAAUGGCUACUUGUAAAUUUCGAUUGUUCAGCGAUGUGGGUAAGAGACGGAUAUGAUUUAAUCAAUGCAUUCGACGUUCAACGAAUAUACUUGGACGACGUCAAAACUUGCCAGAAAAUCCCAGACUAUAGACAUUGGCAGAUGCCUUUGGGCCGUAGAUUCAGAUCCCUUAAAUUAUGGACCGUUAUGAAAACAUAUGGUGCAGAAGGGAUUGAGAAGUUAUAU